AUGCCGAAAACCAAGUCAGACGAAAGAGUGGAGGAUGCUAUCAUUCGUCGCAAGGCCAUCCUGACAAAUCUAUCGGAUGUUGAAAGGUUUACGAGAGAGUUCAACGUAGAUCGUGAUGCUGGGCGCCUUCAAGUUCGACAAGAUCUAGUUGAUCGGAUCUACGACCAGUUCCAGAAAACGCAAACCGUCAUCGAGAAGUGGGAUGGACCAGAUCGGCUUGAAAUGCGUUUGGCUGAGAGAUCAACCAUCGAAGAAAGGUUUUGUGAGGUGAAAGCAUUCCUGUUGAACAACAUCCCGGAAAGGUUGAACAGUUCUACAUCAGCAGAGCCGACCGCAGCAACCAGCACAGCUAUGUUUCACCUACGCCUGCCCAAAAUAGAUUUGCCGAGGUUCGAUGGUGAUUUUUCGCGAUGGUUGUCGUUCCGAGACACGUUCAAGUCCAUGGUACACUUGAAUCCAGAUGUUCCAGCGGUUGCAAAGCUUCAGUACCUGCUUCAGAGUUUGGAAGGCGAAGCCAAGAAACCUUUCGAGUCCGUAAACGUUGAGGCUGACAAUUAUCUUAUCACUUGGGAAGCGUUAAUGAAGCGGUAUGAUAACCAGCGGUACUUGAAACGACAGCUCUUCAGGGCAAUGUACGACAUUCAACCUUUAAGGAAAGAGUCUUCAAAGGAUCUUCAUACGUUGACAGAUGAUUUUGACCGCCAUGUGAAGGCCAUGGCUAAACUGGGUGAGCCGGUAGGUUACUGGGAUACUCCACUAGUGAACCUACUGUGCUACAAACUGGAUCCAACGACUCUUCGAGCCUGGGAGGAAAAAACGAGCGACCUUAGAAACAUCACCUAUCAAGAGCUGAUCGAUUUCCUGUAUUCUCGAGCGAUGAUGCUGAAGACGAUCGUCUCAGAGGAGCAGCACUACCUGCAAACGAUGCCAACGAGGAUGACGGGAUCCCAACCGAAGAAGCAGUACCGAUUAGUGGCCAAUCCUGUUGCGUCGGAUACAAAACCUGAUCCACCGCCGUGUAUUGUAUGUUCGGAACGACACCAUCUGUUUCGCUGCAGGAAAUUCGCCAGUUUCUCUCCCAACAACCGUCGUCAAGUUGUUACAUCGCAUCGUUUGUGUUGGAAUUGUUUCAAUUUUGGACAUUUAGCAAGAACAUGUUCCUCUCGACACACUUGUCGUUUCUGCAACGGAAGGCAUCACUCUCUCCUCCACGAUGCAAUCAAGGCCACCUUUUUCAAUUCGCUGCCGGAACCAACGUCGUUAUUGUCGAAUUCGCCCCUACCAGCUCCGCAGCGCAGUACCGCCCCUACAGAUGCAGAUCCGCAACCAUCAACUUCGAGCCAACAAGUAUGUAUGACUGUUCAGGCAUCAACCAGUACAGUUUUGCUAGAAACGGUUAUGCUUAUGGUGGUUGACAGUACGGGAAAGGAAAUUCCGGCUCGAGCGCUACUUGAUUCCGCUAGUAUGUGCAGUUUUAUGACGAAGAAGUUGGCCAACACCCUCGAUCUCCGCCGUUCUACCGUUGACAUUGCCGUUUCAGGGAUUGGUGAGUCAUCCAAGCAGAUCAAGCGCCAGUUAACAGCGAAGAUUCGUUCAACUGUAUCCAAGUAUGCAACGGAGCUAGAUUUCUUGAUCCUGAAAAGGCCAACAGUCUGCCUACCGACUGUGGACAUUGAUGUUGCUGCUUGGAAAAUACCCGAUGUCAACCUGGCUGAUCCAUACUUCUUCAUUCCUGCGGACAUUGACCUCAUUGUGGGCGGAGAAGUGUACCACGAACUUCACAGUGGCAGCAAGAUUUCCCUCGGCAUUGAAAUGCCGACUCUAGUUGAGACUGUGUUUGGAUGGGCUGUAUCCGGAUCGGUUCCAAUAAAUUCCUCCGAAACUCCCCGGUUAUGUCAUCGUACGACCAUCGAUCGAGACCUAGAACAAUCCAUCGAAAGGUCCUGGGAACUCGAAUCUCUGUUGCCGUCUCAAGCUCUGUCAGCUGAAGAAACAAAGUGUGAAGAAGUGUUCAGUGCUACCACCACUCGCGAUUCGUCCGGUCGUUUCGUUGUUAGAUUGCCACUCACUAGUUAUCCCCUGGUACGUGUUGGUGAACCAAGAUCCAUCGUCGAGCGCCGCUUCCAAGGUCUAGAGAGGAGACUUAAGCGAGAUCCUGCCCCUCGAGAAGCCUACGUUUGUUUCAUGGCCGACUACGAACGUUUGGGCCUCAUGAUCGAGUUGACUGAUCCAGUAGACGACUCUGUCCCCCACUGCUAUCUACCACAUCAUCCAGUCUUCAAGGAGUCAAGCACAAGCACCAAGGUCCGUGUUGUUUUUGACGCUUCGUGCAAGACAUCAACCGGUUACUCCAUCAACGAUACGCAGUUGGUGGGACCUACUAUCCAGGACGAUCUACUGUCGAUCAUUAUGCGCUUCCGAACCCACCCAAUCGCACUCGUAGCCGACAUUGAAAAGAUGUACCGCCAAAUACAACUGCACCUGGACGACUCGCCAUUUUUGGCCACCCGCACCUUAAAACGCCUCGCUGAGAAUGAAGUCAGUCGUUUUCCUGUUGCCACCCCAGUUUUCAAGAGUGACUUCUACGUCGACGUCUGUUUGACUGGUGCCGAAGAUGUCGAUUCUGCCGUUCAACUCCGCCGAAAGGCAUCUGCUCUAGUUGUUUCUGCCGGUUUACCACUCAAGAAAUGGGCAUCCAAUGUUCCUGAAGCGCUUCGUGGUAUUCCUCCAGAAGAUUUGGCUGUAUCCGCAAUCCACAGCCUGCAGGACGAUCAGGAUGUCUCCACGUUCGGACUUGUUUGGGAAACGACGUUGCACCGUUUUCGUAUCCAAUUCCCACUACCAGCGUCGUACCAAGCUGAUUGGAAGGAUUUUCACAGCACGCAAGAUACAACCGUUACGAUCCAAGUUCCUCGCUACGUGUCUUCCGCCAAUGCCACUUUUUACCAUUUGCAUUUCAUCUCGGAAGCGUCGGAGAAGUCCCAUGGAAGUUGCUGCAUGCGGUACUUCCGCUUGUUGAAAGCUGCUGCACGGAAGUCGGAAAAGGACCCAUUCAUGAUGCUAACCACCGCCGAUCUGAAAGAAGCAGCCUUCGUUCUGUAUCGUCUUGCCCAGAAACAGGAUUUUCCUGAGAAGUUAGUCACCCUUGCAUCGACCAGUCGCCUUCCAUCUUCAUCGCAGUUGAAACACACCCGCAUCAAACUGAAUUCAAAUGGAAUUAUUCGAAUUGUUCUGCUCGUGAAACUCCUGCUAUUAAAUCUGUUGGCGAAGUAUUAUCAUGGGAAUUUACUUCACCUCGGCCCACAACUAAUGCUCCCCACGAUCCUUCAAAAACAUUGGAUCAUUGGAGGACGCAAUCUAGUGCGCCGCACAUUCCAUGAACGCCACAAGUGUUUCCGAAGCAGACCGAAGAUGAUCCUGCUGAUGAACGUGGUCAACAAUUGGAGAACCGGUCACCGCAGUUCCUGGAAAUCCGCAAUGAGUAGAGUUGCACUCUAA